ACUACUUCCGGUCUUUGGCUGCUACUAUAAUGGCAGCUGCUGUACGCUACCAGCACAGACAGGACAAAGAGCUGUUAAUGCAAGUCUUUGCAAUGGGUGCAUCAAACCUAAUUCACAAGUAAUUCUCCGGUCAAAAAUAAACGUUUGGAGGCCACUCUACAGAUGAACCCUCUAUCCUGACACCUGGAGCAGUGCUGCAGCAUCCGUUCCUCCACCCUACUGCUUCUGUCUGCGUCUCCUCUCCCUGUCCCAGUACAGUCUGUCAUGCCACGAGGCACUCUGUUUUUCAUGAUCCUCUAUUCUCCGUGGCCCCUCUCCGAGCUGCAUCUCUCCUCCCUGGACCAUCGCCUAGCGACCGUGCUCAGAACCUUGAGCCGUUGCCAGGAUCAACAGUGUAGACGUCAUGGAGGAGGACAAAGCUAGCCCGUCCCCCUCCACCCUCCAGGAGUCCCCAGGUCGACUGCCUCUCCGUACUUUACUACUGGUUCUGGUCGACUGUAGGAAAACACCGGGGCAGAGUGGAACUGAGAGACGAGAAGGAGAAGAGGAAGAUGGAGAUUUUAUUUCAUUAAGUAAGAACCAUGGGGACAUCCCUAAUCGUUGCUCUCUUAGAGGGAGGGGCUUAUCAUCUGGAGAGCCUCAACAACAUCAUGAUGCUGACAAGAAAGAGAAGAGUCUCUCCAGACCAGAACACCUCAAGAAACACCAGCAUAGAGGUAUAGGGAAGAAACCUCACCACUGCUGCUCUGACUGUGGGAAGAGUUUUGCUAAACAGGACUUGACAAUUCAUGAGCAAAUUCACACUCUAGAGCAUGCAUCUAAAACCUUAAAAUAUCAUCUGAGAAUUAAUUCAGUGGAGGGACCUUAUACCUGCUUUGAUUGUGGGAAAUACUUAAAUCAGUCAGGAGCCCAGACUAAACACAAACACACAGGAGAGAAGCCUUAUAGCUGUGAUCAGUGUGGGAAGAGCUUCAAUCACACAGGAGCCCUGACUAGACACCAACGCAUACACACAGGAGAGAAACCUUAUAGCUGUGAUCAGUGUGGGAGGAGCUUCAAUGAGUCAGGACACCUGACUAAACACCAACUCAUACACACAGGAGAGAAGCCUUAUAGCUGUGAUCAGUGUGGGAAGAACUUCAAUCAGUCAGGACACCUGACUAAACACCAACGCAUACACACAGGAGAGAAGCCUUAUAGCUGUGAUCAAUGUGGGAAGAGUUUCAGUGACUCAGGAUCCCUGAUUACACACCAACGCAUACACACAGGAGAGAAGCCUUAUAGCUGUGAUCAGUGUGGGAAGAGCUUCAAUGAGUCAGGACACCUGACUAAACACCAACGCAUACACACAGGAGAGAAGCCUUAUAGCUGUGAUCAGUGUGGGAAGAACUUCAAUCAGUCAGGACACCUGACUAAACACCAACGCAUACACACAGGAGAGAAGCCUUAUAGCUGUGAUCAGUGUGGGAAGAGUUUCAGUGACUCGGGAUCCAUGAUUCUACACCAACGCAUACACACAGGAGAGAAGCCUUAUAGCUGUGAUCAGUGUGGGAAGAGCUUCAAUCAAUCAGGAGCCCUGACUACACACCAGCGCAUACACACAGGAGAGAAGCCUUAUAGCUGUGAUCAUUGUGGGAAGAGCUUCAGUCGAUCAGGAACCCUGAGCAAACAUCAACGCAUACACACAGGAGAGAAGCCUUAUAGCUGUGAUCAGUGUGGGAAGAACUUCAAUCAGUCAGGACACCUGACUAAACACCAACGCAUACACACAGGAGAGAAACCUUAUAGCUGUGAUCAGUGUGGGAAGAGUUUCAGUGACUCGGGAUCCAUGAUUAUACACCAGCGCAUACACACAGGAGAGAAGCCUUAUAGCUGUGAUCAGUGUGGGAAGAGCUUUAAUCAUUCAGGAACCCUGAGCGAACACCAGCGCAUACACACAGGAGAGAAGCCUUAUAGCUGUGAUCAUUGUGAAAAUAGCUUUGCUCAUUCAGGGUCACUGAAAAAACACCAGAAAGCACAAUCAUGUUUUCUUUCAUCUCGUUUCUCUCCGGCACCGGUUCCAGAUCCCUAAAUAACAAUUCAAUAGAAAACAUCUUGUAAAGAGUUAUCCGUCGCCCAUUCUCUAACAGCUUAAGUCUGAUUACCAUGGUAACCUGUGUAGCAUAAUAUGCAGCUCUGGAUCCCUAUGUUUCAAUCGUCUUUGAGUAGGAGUGGUGUGUGUGUGUGUGUGUGUGUGGGGGGGGGGGAGUUCAGAGCUGUAUCUUAUUUUAUUAACUCAUAUUAUCCAUUAAAUAAUGUUUCACCAAUAGUAGGUGUAUAUUCAUGUGUGGGGGAAAUGUUGUCUGAAGAGAGCUCUUUGAAUUGUACAUCUUGUCUCAUAAAUCAUUGGUUCCUGUAGGUGCUGGGUGGAGAUGUGAGGGGGAGACAGUCAGACCUUUUGGCAGAAUGCCCAGAAUAUGUUCUAUAAGUUACAUGCAGGAAUCAAACGUUAAGGAUGAAUAAUGUAAAUCAUGCAAAUAUAACUUUUCUGUUUAAGAAGUAUAUAAGAGAACUAACAGGACUGCCCCGAAAGAGCUCCUGACCAACGUGUACUAUGGUGCAUUACGUUUGUUGCAACCUCUCCAGCUUGCUGAUAAUAAAGAAUGAUUCAUUUAUGUUUGA